AUUAUACUUACCCCUUACCUGAACGAAUGUUUAGUUUAAAAGGGUUGUAUACCAAAAUGGUAUACAUCCACUACAUCCCAGGAGGGUCCAUUGUGAUUCCCUUAAGGAAGAAACAAGAAAAAUAAAAAGAGAAUACAGAAAAGCCGGAGAGAUAAGUUUGAAAUUACUAAAUUCCUAUCCUAAUAGAGAAAGAAUAUUGAUAGCAUAGGAAAGGAAUUCAACGAGGUCCGGCGCCUAAAUAGCCAAUCCACUCCAUUGACAAAACCUAGAAUGUCGCCUAUACUACAUCUAGCUACAUCUCCUAAAUCAUCAUGACAUAUUUUUCCUAGCCAUUUCCGCCUCAGAUUCUGUGCACCAGGACAGUCACUCAAAAUAUGUUCUACUGUCUCUAACACCUCUUAGUCCUCACAUAACCUACAAAACUCCUGUGUCGAAGUCCGGUCAGGCCUCGUUGAAGACGAUUUGAUCGAUCUCCAUGACAAACUUAUCGACUUCGACGACGGCCUUACCGACCUUGACUGAAGGUCUCCAAACACUUCCUAAAGGCAAUAUUUUAGGAAGUGUUACGAGGAAGCCGGGCUUGGCGCCGAAGAGGAUCGGCUUAAUAAUUAACCAUCCCGAACGACUCCCGGUCAAAGUGGUGUUUUUUAAAUAAAUUAAAAAUCAAAAACAAAAAAAAUAAAACGCACUCCCGGUGCUCCAAUUAUUUGAAAAAAAAAAAUAAAACAAACAAAAAAAAGUGUUUCAAUUCCCACCAACCAACACAAUGGAUCCAGCCCAAAACCCAGAGUUGUGCGUUGUGUAGCUGUAUCUCAAUGGGUGCGUGCCAAAUAUGUUGCAAUUUGCACCACACAUUGCUGCACCCAAGGACUGCUGCUCAGGUGCCAAGGCAAAGCCAAAGGUCACGCCCACGCGCUCGCAGAAGCUUUCCCAACCCUCCUCAACAGAGAGCUCAACGGCGGUUAGAUGACCUCCGUCAACGUCUGCAACAACAGCAGCAGGUUAUUCAACAGCAACAACAACAACUACAGCAGCAACAACUCCAACGACAACAACGGCAACUACAGCAACUAUCUCAGCGGCAGCCACAACGACGCCAACAACAACAGCGCCAACAACAUCAACCACAAACCAUAGCUGUUCCUCAGCCUGCGGCAACGACAGCCUCAACCCAGGGGCUGGUCAACCAAAUCGUUUCGACCCUCAGCCAACUCACAGGGUAGACAAUUGCACCAGUGCAAGGAGGCCGGCAUGUCGAAGUCCGGUCAGGCCUCGUUGAAGACGAUUUGAUCGAUCUCCAUGACGAUCUUAUCGACUUCGACGACGGCCUUACCGACCUUGACUGAAGGUCUCCAAACACUUCCUAAAGGCAAUAUUUUAGGAAGUGUUACGAGGAAGCCGGGCUUGGCGCCGAAGAGGAUCGGCUUAAUAAUUAACCAUCCCGAACGACUCCCGGACAAAAAUGGUGUUUUUUAAAUAAAUUAAAAAUCAAAAACAAAAAAAAAUAAAACGCACUCCCGGUGCUCCAAUUAUUUGAAAAAAUAAAAUAAAACAAACAAAAAAAGUGU